AUGGAUCACGAGGAGCUCCUUCGUAUUUUAGAAGGUGUCGAUGAUGGAAUCGAAAUUGAAUCUGCAUCUGACAGUGAAAUUGAAGAUGAAUUUGAGGCUGUACUAACUGAGAACCUCCCAGCAUCAAAUCCUCCAAAUGUUCAGGAUGAAAGUGAUGUAGUUGAGAACAUACCAGGACCACCUCCUAUUCAAUGGACAAGACAACCAUUUGGAAUAGAAACUCCUUUUUUUGAUGACUUUGGUAGUGGUAUUUCACCUUCAUUAAACUUAACAUCAUCGUCAAACCAAUUAGCAGUUUUUGAGAAGUUCGUGGACGAAGAGUACUUCGAUAUCGCACACUUGGAAAGUGUUAAGAGUUCCCUGAAGCAGAGUGUCUGUUUAAGGGAUCAGAACUCAAGUGGUAGUCCCAUUAGAGUUUACUGA